AUGCCCCAAGCCUUAGGAUCGUCACCAAUGCAAAGCUCGCGAUUGUGUAUACUUGCCGCUUGGUUUGGUGCCCUCUCUCACCUGCUCUACUACAUCAAGGGUUAUCGUGACCCUCAAAGUCCUUCCAUCGCCCUCGUGCACUCACUGCUACUUCCGGUGAUUGCGACUGCCAUCACAACGACUCAAGGCCUGAAUGUCGUCUCAUUUUUGGCAUCGUUUCAAAUAUGGACAUCAUAUCACGUGGGCUUGUUCGCGAGUAUCGUCCUAUACCGCGUCUACUUCCAUCCUCUUGCCCGGGUGCCAGGCCCCUUUUGGGCGAAGGUCACGAAAAUCCCAACCAUCGCCAUCGCGCGGCACGGCAAGCUGCAUGAGCUGCAUACAGAAUGGGCGAGGAAGUAUGGAACAAUUGUACGAAUCGCCCCCAAUGAAUUAUUGAUCACCUCGGUCAGCGCUAUCGAUACGAUCCACGGUCUACGCUCGACAGCCACAAAACGACAUACCUUUUAUGACUAUGUCCAAUUUCAUGGCGCACUCAAUCUCGAUUCUUUGUAUGAUCGAAAGGAGCAUCGUGACCGCAAGCGGAUUUGGGUCUUUGCGAUGAGCAAUGAAAAUAUGAAGACCUACGAGCUCAAUGCACGGGACUCGACACGCCCUUGGCUGGGCAGACUAUCAGCUGCGUCUGCGGCAGAGACCCCGCUAGAUGUGUCUUUGUACAUGAACCUCCUCACAUUUGAUAACAUGACAAGAACUGGUUUCUCAAUUGACUCUGGGACUGUGAAACUGGGCGUCAAGAACCGUACGAUGCAGCUGAUGGAGGCCAACUUCGCCAGGAUAGCGGCGUCAGCACACAGCAUUUGGCCGUUGCGACUUCUCAGUAGACUGGGACUGCUGAAGGGAGAGGACCAAGUUGAUAUCAUGAGAUACUUUUUCGAUGACUUCCGAUCCGAAAAGCCCAGAGGAUUUCACGAUCGCCGGGCCAUCUAUGCCGACGCCCAGGCCGUAAUGGUUGGCGGCACCGAUACACUGUCUUCUCUCUUGACGCAUUGCUUCUAUUACCUGGCCAAGGACUCAGCCAUGCGAAAGCAGCUCAGACAGGAACUGGCACCCGCCUUUGGAAAGUCAUAUCCUAGAGAGUUUGCUUACAAAGACAUCGAUUCCUUACGUUUAUUAGACUCAGUGAUUAUUGAGACGUUGAGAAUGCACAGCCCGACGUGCAACAACGGUCCUCGAGUAACGACAGAAGAUACCGCUAUUGACGGCUUGCUGAUUCCAAAGGAUAUCGUUGUCUACGUCGGCAUCCACAGCACACAGAGAAGCUCGUUCGUUUGCGUUGGUACACGCUUGGCGCUCAUGGUGGCGAAAAUUGUGCUUUCGUAUACGGUAUUUCUCUACGACUUCGAAUUGUCGCACGAUCAAGCUGCAUCCGACUUUCUGAAUGACAGCAAGAACCAGCUCAUUCUCAAGCCAGGGAGAUUGGAAUGUGUGUUCACUAAGCUCGGUUCCAGCUGA